ACUGAAAAAGGGCAGAAUGGAGACUGGACAAGACAUAUAUGCCAAUUCGGCAUAUGUUAUUGAAAAUAAAUUUGACUGUCAGGACAGUAAGAACAUAUUGCUUUUCAGCAAUAGUUUGUACGAAAGCAAGAUGAAUGGAAUGGAUGAAGAUGACCAAGGCACAAGGCAGACCAACAGAAAAAUCUUUGGAUUCAAUGCAGCAUGGAGCAGGUGUUACAGACAGACUGCAGUGUGUGUGGUGCUGCUGUUUAUUCUCCUGCUGACCUCCAUCACAGUGCUGUGGAUCAAAUACAACAACCUGAAUACAGGAUACAACCAUCAACAGACGAGAUACAACAACUUGACUAUAGAGAGAGACCAGUUACUGACCAGAUAUAACAACCUGACUUUUGAGAAGGACCAAUUGCAGUCCACUAAUUAUGACCUGAAUCAGGAGAAAGAUCAACAAGAUGCAAAACUGAAGGAACUGACAAAUGAAAUGAUCAAUUUACAAGCCAGGUAUAAUGACAUGACAAACAAGAGUGAUGAGUUACAGAUGGAAAAAGACACCCUUCAGGCAAAGUUAGCUGCAAUAGAUUCAUAUACCAAAGAGGGAUGGAAAUAUUUCAAUGCCAGGUUUUACUACAUCUCUACUGCGAAACAAAACUGGAGUGCGAGCAGACAGGACUGCAGAAGUAAGCAUGCAGACCUUGUGAUCAUAAAGAGCAGAGAGGAACAGGAGUUCAUCAUUAAACAACUGUUCAGCAGCAGUCGGGCUUGGAUUGGUCUGAGUGACAGAAUCACAGAGGGGGUGUGGAAAUGGGUGGACGGUACACCACUGAACACUGCGUACUGGGAUAAGGGGGAGCCGAAUAAUGCAGGUGAUGAGGACUGUGUUGAGAUUCUGGGAUUUCCUGAUAGGAAGAGAUGGAAUGACAGGCCAUGUACAGAUGAGGAAUCAUGGAUCUGUGAGAAAAGUGUUUUCAGUAAUUAGUGAGAAGUACAAGCUGCAUGUCUUGAGUUGUAACUGUAUUAGUCACUGUUCUUGUAUUUUCAGGACCGAUCAUAUAAAACUAUUAGUGUUCAGAUCUACACAAAGGGAAAUGCAUUUCUACUUUCAAAUGUCUCGUGUCAGUGUGUGAUCAGUGGGUGGUCUUAAUCUGAGAAAUCUUGUAUUUUUAAUCAUUUUGAAAGAAACCCUUUUUUUAAAAUAAUCUUAAGGAAAUGCUUGGAUAAAAAUCAAAAUCUAAGCUUUUUCCAUUUGGCUUAAAUGGGAUCAAGCAUCCAAAGAAUUACAAUAAAUGAUAUAACAGG